CCAUGUACAUCUAUAACCUCUCUACCCUGUUUCCUGUUUAGGGUUUUGGUAUGGGAAAAAUAUCCUUCUUCACAUACCUAUGGAGACAUGUCAAAGUUAUGCGUCCCUAUAUAAAUAUGAGGCUGAGCAAUCCAUCUCUUUCUCUACAGGACAAGGUUGAAAUGGAAAAGAUUGCUAGAUGGGUUCUUGAAAUUGGUGAGGGCCGAGCUCCAAUGGUAGCCAAGAAUGGCCAGCCAGAAAAUGAUUGGAUACAAAUACCACAGAAUUUUGUGCUGUCACCAAAUGGUCCUAAGAUACCAGCCAUUGCUGAUUCCAUAUAUGAUGAUUUCCAUCUUUUCUAUGCAUCCAUCCCUUAUCUUGCCCAACGAUCUAUAGUAUGCCCUGUCAAUACCAUCAUUGAUGAGAUAAAUAAUUUCAUGCUUGAUAAAGUGCCUGGUUGUGCUCGUGAGUACCUGAGCUUUGACAGUAUUGCUAACUCAUCAGAACAGCCUUCAGAUUUCCAAAUGCUAUACCCACCGGAGUUUCUAAACUCCAUAAUUCUUAAUAAUUUUCUGCAGCAUCGUCUUGAUCUCAAAAUAGGUGUUCCUGUUGUCCUUUUAAGGAACAUAAAUCAAUCAAUUGGACUCUGCAAUGGCACUAGGCUGCUAAUCGAGAGAUUUGGUGACCGUUUACUAGAGGGUACAAUCAUGACUGGGAAUCAUGUUGGACAUUCAGUUUGCAUACCCAAAAUUGUUCUCAAUGGUACAAGCCCAAAAUGGCCUUUCACUCUGCAACGACGUCAGUUUCCAGUAAGAGUUUGCAGUGCAAUGACGAUAAACAAAUGCCAAGGCCAAAUGCUAGGAAAAGUCGGUGUAUAUCUUCGUGAGCCAGUGUUCACUCAUGGGCAGUUGUAUGUGGCCGUGUCAAGAGUAAACUCAAAUAGUGGUCUUAAACUACUUAUUGAAGAUGAUGAUGGCGAACCAGUUGACACAACAAGAAAUAUUGUGUACCAGGAGGUUCUAAGACGUGUAGCAGCUGCACUAUCAGGGCUAUUAGUUAAUAAGAUUUUGCAGAUCCUGAUUGUGCAUGUUCCAGAUUUUUUUUUGGUUAUGUGUUCUGUCUCAGUUAGUUUAGUAGUAUCUUUAUAUGUUUUGUUGUGUGCUGUCUCAUCUUUUCUUGUGUGCUGUCAUUGUUAAAAAGUCAUCCAGGUGCACCAUCACCUAUUUUAAACGAGCCUUACAUAAAUAUAUGUUCACCUCUCUUCACUAGUGCCUGCAAUAGAUGCUACCAUUUUAGUUAAACAUUGGGUCGAUGAUUUCCAUUUUGUGAUAUCUGCUACUUAACCUGGUUGGGUAAUUAUCUUUAUGACUAUUCUUUGAUCUUCCUUUUUAUCUCCUCUGCUGUUACUUGGUUGCCUUCCAAAAAUUGGUCAUAGUGCUCUAAUCUUUAAAAAACCUGUAUUACCUUCAUUUACAUGUCAUUGCCUGGUCUUUUAAUAUUUUAUUUCACUAUUUGUCAGGAGCAUGUUGCUACUACCAUUUAUUAAAUUUACUUGCUUUUUUUUCUCCUGCACACAACAUUUAUCUUAGAUAAUAGCUACUGUUCAUUCUCCUUUGCCUACAAGAUGGAGUAUUCAUAGCUGAAAGAUGUCACUUCUGAAUCACAACAUUGGACUGUAAGGACACGGGUUGUCAGGUUCUCAGAAUAUCUAAGUAAUGACGAUCCCCUAAAGAUUCUUAGGCUUGACCUAAUACUUCUUGAUGAAGAGGGAAAAGCCAUGGAAGGUCAAAUUCCAGAGAACUGGAUACCAUUAUUUAAACCACAGCUAAAGGAAGGAUUUGUUUACUAUAUCAAAUACUUCCAAGUUUGCAAUGCCCGUGCAACAUAUUGUCCUGUCGACCAUCCAUACAUUAUGAGGUUCACUGCACAUACUAAAGUAUAUGAGGUCAAAAAUAUUCAAGACACCUUCCCAAAAUAUGCAUGUGCCCAGGCAACAUAUGAGGUGCUUCGAAACAGAAUAGGCAUUACACAGUACUGUGCAGAUGCCAUCGGAGUUUUCACAGGAUGUUCACAUGUGAAAGUGCAACAAACAAAAGGAGGAACUAAGCAUCUACGAAAUGUAUACCUCACUGAUGGCAGAGAGAUAGCUGUUGUUUCUUUAUGGAAUCAGCAUGCAAGCGCUUUCGAAGCUGAGCGCUACAUGGAAAUGGCACACCAUGGUCCAGUUGUGUUUCUUUUUGUUGGCAUGACAUGUCGCAUAUUUGAAGACAAACUGACACUUCAAGGAUCUACAUUAUGCAAAUGGUAUGCCAAUCCAGAGCUACCAGAGACUGCUGCCCUACAGGAUAGCUGUACUGGCCGACUUCCUCCACCUACAUGGUUUGGCCCAACCGCAGCACAAAUAGAACCAGAGAGAAUAACUUAACAGAACUAUCCCAGUUUACAAAUCCACAUGUUAUCUACAUUGAUGCCUCUAUUUUUCUUCGUUCACACAGAGCAAUAGGUACAUUACCAAUGCAAAGAUCAAGCAUGUGGUUCCUAAUCAAUCAUGGUGGUAUUGGGCUUGUGAGAAGUGCAAUAAAACAAUGCAUCCACAUGGAGACAAAUAUAAAUGCGUUGUCCCUACAUGUUCUGGAACAACAGGAGGACCUAGAGCAGCAAAGUGAAAGAACUAUACAACUUAUGUUCUUUGGAUCCAUAGCACAAGAAAUAAUUGGCACUCCAGUUGAUACUCUUAUUGCUGCUAAUGAAGGCCUGGGAAUCUUCCUCCCAACAAAAAUCACUGCCCUCUAUGGAAAGUAGUAUGAACUCCAUGUAAGUGUUUCACCAAUGUCACUACAGCAGGUCAACAUCACCUAUCAAGUUGAUGCUAUUGUACACGUUGCUAACAUCCCUGCACCUACACCACCUUUGUUGCACCUCCCACUUGAGGGACAAUCUCCUCAUCAGCCAGCAACACAAAACCAAGAACUCCACUCUACUGAUAAAUCUGCAGCCAUCACUUGACCAAGUGGUUCUGGGUCUACACCAUCUGAAUGCAAUAAGGACACGACCUUAGCAUUACCUGGUAUAGGUACAUCAGGUGUAGAAAACCCUGACCAUCAGGUCCUUGCAGGGACAAAGGCUCCUGAAUCAUCUGAAACCAACCUGCCUUCAACUCCAGCCUCACUUGCAGACCUAAAAAAAACUCAGGUUCCGACCCAAAGAGCAAAAGGAACAAACGUCCAGCCGACGACGCAUCUAAUAGCCACAAAGAAAAUGAUCCAGGUGAUAUUCAUACGACAGCCAGAAAGAAGACCAGGAGGCAACUAGAUCUCACCAAUCCAGAUGAACAGAACUAGUCCUUUGCAGUCCAGCAGUGCCCUCCCUGACGUUGGCCAACUAGACCAUCUCCAUUGAAGGGAAGAGAGCCUGCACCCUCCUAAGAAACGUCUUUAGUCAGAUGUUGAACAUCUAUAUUAUGUGCUCCGAACAACUGCCAUAUGUAAAUUAAUCAGUACUACCUCAGCUUGCCAAACAUUGUGCUAUGUGUGAUCGUACUCCUAUGCUCGGUACAGCACCUGUGAAAUAAGCAAAAAAAAAAAAUA